GAUUAUUCAAAUACUCCUCGAGGGUCCAAAGUGUGGUCCGUCCGGGUGAUGAUUAUUUUUUUGCUCUGCCUCAUAUUAACACCUUCAAAAUCUCUGGACGCACGAUUGACAUUUCUCAAAUUCCUUGGAAAAAUAUCUCUCAUCCAUCUAGUGAUGUUUUGAUAAUUACUUGAAUCGCAUUCAUACAGAUCGAAAAAGGAAAACGAGUUUGAUGUUUGAUACUUGAAAUUGAAUACCUACCUACCUGCAUACCUCCCUCCCAAGCUUAAAUAUCAACCACAAUAUCAUAUCCGGAGAACAUAUAUACCACGAACCCAUUCGAUUUCUCCAUAACAUCUUCAAAUUCUAUCAUUCGAGCCAGUUUUACACAUACCCUUUCUCUUUAAAAGACCACCAAUAUCACAAUGUUUACGACGAGUAUAUUAACGCUUUUGGCGAUCACGACGAGUGUUUUGGUGCAGGCACACACGGUGAUUACAUAUCCGGGCUGGAGAGGUGAUAAUUUGAUUACGAAUGAGACGUUUCCUUAUGGAAUGCAGUGGAUGUAUCCUUGCGGCGGCAUGCGCACCACCACCAACCGCACUCUCUGGCCCAUCCACGGCGGCGCCAUCGCCGUCCAACCCGGCUGGUUCCAAGGCCACGCGACCGCUUUCUUCUACUUUAAUCUCGGAUUCGGCACCGAUGGUCCCGACAAUGGUCCCCCCAAUAUGUCUUUCCCCAUGACCUCCGUCAUGCAAAUCAUCGGCCCGAGUAAAAAUCCCUAUCCAGGAACCUUCUGUUUGCCACAGGUGCCCUUGCCCGCGAAUACAACAGUUAAUGUAGGAGAUAAUGCGACGAUUCAGGUUGUGGAGACGGCGGUUCAUGGGGCUGCUUUGUAUUCUUGCGUCGACAUAACCUUCGCGCUCCCCGAAGACGUCGCCGAAGUAAACAGCUCCAACUGUUUCAACACCUCCGACAUCUCCUUCGCAAACGUCUACACCAUCAACGAUGCCUCGGCCCCGGGAACCUCCUCCAAAUCCGCUUCCACAUCCGCUGCCACAACUGCUUCUCCUUCCCGCUCGCUCUGGGCUACCAGUCUCGCGAGCGUGUUGGGUGUUGCGAUGUGGGGGUUCUUGUGAGAUGGGAGAUGGGAGAGGGGAAAUGGGAGAUAAAGAGGAAGAUUUUGAAAUUCCCAUGGAAUUUCAAACGAAAGAGAUGAAAAGAAAAAGAAAAAGAAGAAGAUAAUCAACCAGACGAAACCCCACGUAAAGAAAAGCAGGAUUGUAGAUAUGAUAUGACAGGAUAGGAUAUGACAGGAUAAGACAUGAUACCACGGACAGGCAGGCAGGCAAACCCAUCAAACCAAGCAAGCACGCGCACCCAACAAGUCGAGAAAGCGGAAACGGAGAUGGAAAA